CACCAGGCGCUGCUUCGAGGGUCGAUUCCUGUCUUUGAUGCAGGGACCCGGAAAGGAGGAGAUAGCAGGAGAUACAGGGUACGGAGUACAGGAGAUACCACCUCGCUGCAGGAGUGCAGAGUACACGUUGCCCUGACAAGGGAGUGCAAAUCAGGCCAAUCACGUCGAUUCCUCACCAGCAGAUUUGGCAAUCCGUCAAGAGUUGAUAACUUGAUGGAGGUGGCCCUUGCAGCGCCCUCAUUGCCCACCUUAUCUUUGCAUCUCGACCCACCUGUGCACUGA